ACACUGCACACUGCUUAUAUGAAAAAGACAAAAUUCAUCCAUAAAUGCAUCAUAUCUGGGCUAUGGGGACACACUAGAUCUCAGCAUGACGAACCUGUUACACGAAAAGAAUUUGCUAAUGCUGUUUCGAUCAUCUCUCAACCAGGAGACGAAUUCACGAAUCUGCGCCAAAUGCACAGAAUGCUCUUAAUAGUUGCAAUGGCGAUUUAGCGGAGUGGUAUUCUACACGAAAUUAUAACGCUGUUAUCUUCUGUGAGACAGUACUCGGGCUUCAACCUAUAUUCCGUAUUAAACGUGCCAUUGGCACAUAAACGCAAGUCACGAAAGCAGGACGCACAAAAUGAGAAGUAACAGGUGUUAUUAUGACACUUAGUAUAAGUUCUUCAAACUGAACUCGUCAGUUCAGACGCGCCAGCUUUUCCUGCUGCCAGGUUGGUCCUUUUAAGCUUUGUGCAAGAUGGCUCCCCUCUUUGUAUUGACAGUCGCGCUGAUGUCGUCGCUCUCGUCGGUCGAACCCGCCACAGAUGCUGAGAAAUCAGCGGAGUUGGCCCGACUGAAGGCAGAGUCCGGUAAAAUUAGAGAAAAAAUAUCGAGAGAGUGCACUGAUCCCCUGGGCAUCUUAGGCAAACGACAAGCCAUUGACGAUUUGGACUUGCAGAUAGCACUGGAGAAGAAUAACCUCGCCUAUGUUACACAGCUUUACGAGCAAUGCAGACCAACAACACAGAAACCCAGCACAACAACCCCCGCACCUCGUGACUUCCCAUGCACUGAGAAAUUCGGUUCUAGUUGUUAUUUGUAUGACAACAGUGUCUCCAUGACCUGGCCAGAGGCAGAGCAGUUCUGCCAACGAAAUGGAGGCUACCUAGCGGAAAUAGACACCGAGGCAGAGCAGAAGUUCAUCGAAGGACUUCUGAAACGAACCGGCUCCAGCUCUGACAAGUACAUCUGGUUGGGUGCCCGGCGUAUCGGCAGAGACAGAGUGUGGACACAUAGCGGAAAGACAGUACUGGACGGCUACACCAACUGGUCGCAAGGACAGCCCAGUUACGCGGACUAUCUGGUCAUGACCGGGCCGUACUACCCGUCCAAAAGCUACCAGUGGGCCUACUGCAGAAGUUACUGCUCCGCCAGCAGAGAUUAUCCUCUUUGUGAAAGAGACGCUUAACUUGAGCCUUCAUCCCGCGUUUUAGAAACUUUUGGAAGCUGACCACCAUUAUUAGUAUGACUCACGUUUUUAACAAUUUCUGAAUCUAUCUUAAUCUCUGUGAAAUUAAAUCAAUUUUUGAGUAAAGCAAUAACGGCGACGUGACUUUCGUAAAAAUAAAUAAAU